GUCAACGUCAAAACCACUAAUCGCUAACCUUAAAAACAGCGUCAACAAAAAUUGUAGUUUUUUAGUUUUUUUCCUGCACUUUUUUAUAAAAAUAUUUCGCAUGUAAAUAAGGGUCAACGUAAAACUUAAUAAACAUGCCGGCUUAUCAUUCCAGUUUUUUGGAACCCUCCUCAGUUGUCGGGAACAUAGCAAUUCUACCAAUAAAGACUCGAUUCAAAGGGCCGGGUCCCAUACAAAGUAAUGAACAAGAACAGGAUAUUAUUGAUGAAUCACUCUUCUACUUCAAAGCCAAUGUUUUCUUUAGAACCUAUGAAAUUAAAUCAGAAGCUGAUAGAUUGUUGAUAUACAUUACCCUCUACAUAACAGAAUGUUUGAAGAAGCUACAAAAAUGUAGUACUAAAGUUCAAGCUCAGAACGAGAUGAGAAGCCUUGCCAUAUCUAGAUUUGACAUACCAGGUGAUCCAGGUUUUCCACUUAAUUCAGUUUACAGUAAACCAGCAAGUCAAAAUGAUGCUGAUGCAUUGAAGGCGUAUUUGACACAGCUCAGACAGGAAGUUGGAAUGAGAGUUUGUGAUAAGGUUUUCGGAGAUGAUAAAAAACCCAGCAAGUGGUGGUUGUGCUUUGCCAAAAAGAAGUUUAUGGAUAAGUCACUAUCUGGACCUGGCCAAUAAAUUCUUAGAACAUAUUAUGUGAAUAGUAAUUUAAUUUUUGAGUUAACUGCUUUUCAAAGACAAUUAUAUUUAUGUAAAUGAUUUUAUGCUUUUAGUUUUGCAGUUUUAUUUAAAGUUUAUUUAUUUUUAGUAUUUUUUCUUAGUUUUUCAAAUACCUUUGUUUAAUAAAUAAAUUUUCAGUAAACAUAAAAA